UUGUCUGCUCAGGAUGUGAAAUCCGUGUCUGUGGAUGAAGUUUGUUGUUUCCAACACAGGCCAGUGAGACUGAGUGGCAUUUAGCUUAAAGCCACAUUGAUUAUAAAUAUCUCUGAGCAGCCACAUAGGAAUUGGGAGGUCAGUUCAGCUCAUCGUGGUCAGUUGUUCUUAAAUCACCAUAGAAGGUAUUGGGUGGGGUUUUAUUGAUUAUAUGAUAAUAGAUAAAAGGAGUUAGAGCUGCAUCUUCAUUCUGCAUUUUAGAGGAUGGGCUUACCCACGACAUGUGAUUAUCUCAUUUAGUCUCAGAUUUUGUUUUUAAAAACUUGCUACAGGUUUUAGGGUUUUUUUUAAUUUAUUCUCCAGGAGAGAAAUGUGUGGUGAUCUCAGGGGAAAUGCAUGGUCCACAGGCAGUGUGUUAGAUUCUGAUAAAAUGUGUGAGGUAAUUUGUGUCUGCAUUUUUAUCUGUUAAAGGUUAUAAAAACUUACGGGAGCUUUGAGGGGUUUUACAGGUUUUUGGUCUAUUUUUGGGACAGUUUUUGUUUAUAGAACAGCCUUCUAGUGCUCCUAGAGAGCAAGAAUGGAAGUGUUCUGGACAAUGUUGUUUCAGUGUAGGUUAUGCGGCAGGAAUGAGAUAAAAACCUUAUUUUUGUGUGUCCUUUUUAGUUCAGUGUUUGAGAACCCCUCCGGAGCUUGUUUCUGAGACAAGUCCUGAGUGGGAACAUGUCCCUGCGCUGCCCGCAGCCGGCUCUCUGCCCUCCUUGGCUGCGUUUUGCUGCCCUUUGGGGCUCCCGAUUUUUCCGAGUCUCCCCAGCCCCGAGGGGCGCCCGGAGCCGGCAGCGCUGCAAAUGGCGGCGGCACCGGCGGGACUACAACUCCCAGGAUGCUCCGCGCAGCGUCGCGCGGUGGCGUCAUCGCUGCGCCAGGGAGCCCGUGCAGCGCGGCCGGAGCCGCGGGACAGCCCCGGGGGACGGAGCGGGCCAGGACCGCGAGGGGCGAUGGCUCAGGACAGAGAGGGGCCUCCGGCCAAGCGGUUCAAGGCGGCGUCCCCCGGCACGCAGCCCCAGAGCGCCGCGCCGCCCGCACACGUGCAGCGCCGCUGCCUGCCCAUCUCCGGUGCCCGCGGGCCGCUGCUGGCCCGGCUCCGCCGCCUCGACACCGCCGUCCUCAUCGGAGAAACAGGCUCGGGGAAGACCACCCAGCUCCCUCAGUACCUGUACGAGGUGGGGAUCGGCCACCCCGGUGUCAUCGCUGUGACCCAGCCCCGCAGGGUGGCAGCUGUCACCCUGGCUGCCAGAGUUGCUGAGGAGAAGAGGACAGAGCUGGGGAAGCUGGUUGGCUACACCGUGCGCUUCGAUGACUGCUCGUGUGCCGAGACCAGGAUGCGGUUCCUGACGGACGGGAUGCUGCUGCGCGAGGCCAUCGGGGACCCCCUGCUGCACAAGUACAGCGUGGUUAUCCUGGACGAGGCCCACGAGAGGACCAUCCACACUGAUGUGCUCUUUGGAGUGGUCAAAGCCGCUCAAAAGAAGCGAAAGGAACAAGGCCUGCGGCCACUGAAAGUGAUUGUCAUGUCAGCCACGAUGGAUGUUGACCUGUUCUCCCAGUACUUCAAUGGAGCUCCUGUCAUCUAUCUGGAGGGCCGGCAGCAUCCCAUUGACAUCUUCUACACCAAGGAGAGGCAGAGUGACUACCUGCAGGCAGCACUGGUGUCCAUCUUCCAAAUCCACCAGGAAGCUCCUGUGUGCCAGGACAUCCUGGUGUUCCUGACUGGUCAGGAGGAAAUUGAAGCAAUGACCAAAACCUGUCGAGACUUUGCCCAGCAUCUCCCCGAGGGCUGCCCACGGAUGACAGUGCUGCCCCUUUAUGCUUCUCUGCCCCACUCCCAACAGCUCCGUGCCUUCAAACCUACCCCUGAGGGCUGUCGCAAAGUGAUCCUCUCCACCAACAUCGCAGAAACCUCCAUCACCAUUGCUGGCAUAAAAUUCGUUGUGGACACAGGCAUGGUGAAAGCCAAGAAGUACAGCCCUGAAACUGGCCUGGAGGUGCUGGCAGUGCAGCAGGUGUCCAAGGCCCAGGCUUGGCAGCGCACGGGCAGAGCAGGCAGACAGGAGAGCGGGAUCUGCUACCGGCUCUACACCGAGGAGGACUUCGAGAGGUUUGAGGAAAUGACAACACCUGAGAUACAGAGGUGUAACCUGGCCAGUGUGGUGCUUCAGCUCCUGGCCCUAAAAAUUCCCAAUGUGCUCACAUUUGACUUCAUGUCCAAACCAUCUCCUGAUGCUAUCCAAGCAGCAAUUGAUCAGCUGGACCUGCUGGGAGCUGUGACCCAAAAGGAAGGUCAGCUUGUCCUGACACCCCUGGGAAAGAAAAUGGCAGCCUUUCCCCUAGAUCCAAAGUUCUCCAAGGCCAUCCUCCUGUCGCCCAAGUUCCACUGUGCAGAGGAGAUCCUGACCAUCGUGGCGCUGUUAUCAGUGGACAGUGUCCUCCACAACCCCCCUGCCCAGCGGGAUGAGGUGCAGGCUGUCAGGAAGAAAUUCAUCUCCAGUGAGGGGGAUCAUCUGACCCUGCUCAACGUGUACAGGGCCUACAAGAACGUCAACGGGCACAAGGGAUGGUGCAGAGAGAACUUCAUCAAUGGCAGGAACAUGAAGCUGAUGGCAGAAGUCAGAGCUCAGCUCAGGGACAUUUGUGUAAAGCUGUCGAUGCCCCUCGAGUCCUGCCGCGGGGACACGGCCAGCGUGCGGCGCUGCCUGGCCCACAGCCUGUUCAUGAACGCGGCCGAGCUGCGGCCGGACGGCUCCUACAGCACGGUGGACUCUCAGCAGGCGGUGGCCAUCCACCCCUCCUCGGUGCUGUUCCAGUGCAAGCCUGCCUGCGUGGUGUACAACGCGCUGCUGCGCACCAACCGCUGCUACAUGCGCGACCUGUGCCUGGUGGACGCGCAGUGGCUGCACGAGGCCGCGCCCGACUUCUUCCGCAGGAAACUCCGCACGGCCAGCAGCUGAGCCACGUGGGACAGCUAGGCCUUGAAAGACUUACAUAUUCAUUGCAUUUUUUAAAAAUAACCGUGUUUUUUAUAACCUUAAGGAACGGGACGGGUAUUUAUUUAGAUCGGGUUUAUAUGUUUUUUGCGGAAUAAAGAAGUUGAUGGUGAA